UUGAAAAAUGCCAACUUAAGUCAACAAUCAGUGAACUUCCAAACUUAUUAGAAUCUUCGGUGAGUGAUGAAGGGGAGAAUUGGAGCAUGGGGCAGAGGCAACUCUUCUGCCUAGGAAGAGUCCUUUUGAAGAGGAACAAGAUCUUGGUUCUAGACGAGGCGACCGCCUCUAUUGACUCGAACACAGAUGCCAUUUUGCAGAGGAUCAUCAGGGAGGAGUUCUCCGACUGUACAGUGAUAACUGUGGCGCAUCGCGUUCCAACUGUGAUUGAUAGUGACAUGGUGCUGGUCUUGUCUUAUGGGAAGUUGGUGGAAUAUGAUGAACCUUCAAGGCUUAUGGAGAUUAAUUCAUCAUUUUCAAAGCUUGUGGCUGAGUAUUGGUCUACUUGUAAGAAGAAUAAUCUCUAGUGCAUUUUGUGUGUGAGAGAGAGAAGUAAUUUCCUUGAAUUUUUUGUUUCAAUUUUACUAUUUUCUAAAACAAACAAGCACAUUUUAUUCAACUCUAAAAAGUUCAAAUUCCAGCUUUUAUGCUGGUAAAUUUGAUUCAAGAAAUAUGUCUUAAAGUAAGUUCAUAAAUUUCCAUUUUUAACACA